AUGAUCAGCGGAGCCGACAUUCUCAAUCAACAUCAAACGAAAUGGACCUGUGCAAUAACAACAAAUGAGGUACUAGAAGAACAACAAUUAAUGUCCAAUAAAUUGAAAAAUGAACUUAAACGAGCAAUAUAUGAUGGCGUAUGUUCAUCUAAAGAACAAAAAGUUAACAAAAUAUUUGAUUUGAUUAAGGAAGGUCUGUUCUAUCAAUUAAGUUGUACAAUUGCUAAUGCAUACUCUGGUUUGCGUGGUGGUGGUGAUGGUCGUGAUGGAGCUCUACGUUCAUCUUUACAUAUUUUUGCGCAACAAAAAGCUAAACAGCAAAAACCCACUAAACUUCCAAUAACUAUUCCAACUAUUGAUCCAGUGCUUAGUUUACUACCAUCUGAUAUUCUCCUAGUUGUUGUUCUUGCUCGGGUUGUUGAGCCAGAAAUUUUUGUUGCUGUUGCACCACAAUGCGUUGCUUUUGCGUUGCUGACAGUUAAUCUGUCACUACUGUCACUUAACAUCCAUUUCACAGUAGUAGAGCCUGUUGUCACAUAA